AUGUCAUUAUGUGCUGAUCCAGCACAGAAUGAAACAAAGGCACCAAAAGAUGUAGCACUUAAGCCUCAGGAACGUGUGGAGAAACGCCAGACUCCCUUGACCAAGAAGAAACGAGAAGCACUUACCAAUGGCUUAUCUUUUCAUUCAAAGAAGAGCAGACUCAGCCACCCACACCACUACAGCUCAGACCGAGAAAAUGACCGUAAUCUCUGCCAGCACCUUGGGAAGAGAAAGAAAAUGCCGAAGGGACUCAGACAGCUCAAGCCAGGGCAGAACAGCUGCAGGGACAGUGACAGUGAGAGUGCCAGUGGAGAAUCCAAGGGCUUCCACCGGAGCAGCUCCCGGGAAAGGCUCAGUGAUAGUUCAGCUCCUUCCAGCUUGGGAACAGGCUACUUCCGGAAACAAAGCCAAAACUACUACCUCACCCUGAUCACUUCUAGACUGAACAUUGUAGCUGUUGUUUCUGGUAAUGGGAAGGAUCUGGAUUCAUCUUUAGAAGCACCCGACUCCACAUGCCAGCAGUUGGCAGCUACUUUGGGGCGACUAACUUGCCAGGCUCCACUUGACCUCCGACAUAAAGAAGCAAAGCCUCACUUUUCUCCGGAGCCCGUCCUGCCUGCUGCUCUACAUAAUCGUCAGCCAUCUCACAGGUCUGGAUCUGAAUGUCUCGGAACAGCAGCCACAGAUAGCUUGGCUUUGCUUUUCUAA